GUCCGCACAGCCCCGCCCCGCACGGCCAGGCGAAGCGGAGCCGGCCGUGCGGUGUGUGUGUAUGUGUUCGCGGGGCGCCGUCUCAGCCCCGGGAAGAUGGUGGCUGCAGCGGCGGCGACUGAGGCAAGGCUGAGGAGGAGGACGGCGGCUACGGCAGCGCUCGCGGGCAGGAGCGGCGGGCCGCAUCGGGACUGGGACGUGACCAGGGCUGGGAGGCCGGGGCUGGGGGCCGGGCUGCGCCUUCCGCGGCUGCUGUCGCCGCCGCUGCGGCCGCGGCUGCUGCUACUGCUGUUGUUGCUCUCGCCGCCGCUGCUCCUGCUGCUGCUGCUGCCCUGCGAGGCCGAGGCCGCGGCGGCGGCGGCGGCGGUGUCGGGCUCAGCCGCAGCCGAGGCCAAGGAAUGUGACCGGCCCUGUGUCAACGGCGGCCGCUGCAACCCUGGCACCGGCCAGUGCGUCUGCCUCGCCGGCUGGGUGGGCGAGCAAUGCCAGCACUGCGGGGGCCGCUUCAGACUAACUGGAUCUUCUGGGUUUGUAACAGAUGGACCUGGAAAUUAUAAAUAUAAAACGAAGUGCACCUGGCUCAUUGAAGGACAGCCAAAUAGAAUAAUGAGACUUCGUUUCAAUCAUUUUGCUACAGAGUGUAGUUGGGACCAUUUAUACGUUUAUGAUGGGGACUCAAUUUAUGCACCGCUAGUUGCUGCAUUUAGUGGCCUCAUUGUUCCUGAGAGAGAUGGCAAUGAGACUGUCCCUGAGGUUGUUGCCACAUCAGGUUAUGCCCUGCUGCAUUUUUUUAGUGAUGCUGCUUAUAAUUUGACUGGAUUUAAUAUUACUUACAGUUUUGACAUGUGUCCGAAUAACUGCUCAGGCCGAGGAGAGUGUAAGAUCAGUAAUAACAGCAAUACUGUUGAAUGUGAAUGUUCUGAAAACUGGAAAGGUGAAGCAUGUGACAUUCCUUACUGUACAGACAACUGUGGUUCUCCUCGUCGAGGCAUCUGCAAUUCAAGUGAUGUCAGAGGAUGCUCCUGCUUCUCAGGCUGGCAGGGUCCUGGAUGUUCAGUUCCUGUACCAGCUAACCAGUCAUUUUGGACUCGAGAGGAAUAUUCUAACUUAAAGCUCCCCAGAGCAUCUCAUAAAGCUGUGGUCAAUGGAAACAUUAUGUGGGUUGUUGGAGGAUAUAUGUUCAACCACUCAGAUUACAACAUGGUUCUAGCGUAUGACCUUGCUUCUAGGGAGUGGCUUCCACUAAACCGUUCUGUGAACAAUGUGGUUGUUAGAUAUGGUCAUUCUUUGGCAUUAUACAAGGAUAAAAUUUACAUGUAUGGAGGAAAAAUUGAUUCAACUGGGAAUGUGACCAAUGAGUUGAGAGUUUUUCACAUUCAUAAUGAGUCAUGGGUAUUGUUGACUCCUAAGGCAAAGGAGCAGUAUGCAGUGGUUGGGCACUCCUCACACAUUGUUACGCUGAAGAAUGGCCGAGUGGUCAUGCUGGUCAUCUUUGGUCACUGCCCUCUCUAUGGAUAUAUAAGUAAUGUGCAGGAAUAUGAUUUGGAUAAGAACACGUGGAGUAUAUUACACACCCAGGGUGCCCUUGUGCAAGGGGGUUACGGCCAUAGCAGUGUUUAUGACCACAGGACCAGGGCCCUGUAUGUUCAUGGUGGCUACAAGGCUUUCAGUGCCAAUAAGUACCGGCUUGCAGAUGAUCUCUACCGAUAUCAUGUGGAUACCCAGAUGUGGACCAUUCUUAAGGACAGCCGAUUUUUCCGUUACUUGCACACAGCUGUGAUAGUGAGUGGAACCAUGCUAGUAUUUGGAGGAAACACACACAAUGACACAUCUAUGAGCCAUGGUGCCAAAUGCUUCUCUUCAGAUUUCAUGGCUUAUGACAUUGCCUGUGACCGCUGGUCAGUGCUUCCCAGACCUGAUCUCCACCAUGAUGUCAACAGAUUUGGCCAUUCAGCAGUCUUACACAACAGCACCAUGUAUGUGUUCGGUGGUUUCAAUAGUCUCCUUCUCAGUGACAUCCUGGUAUUCACCUCGGAACAGUGUGAUGGGCAUCGGAGUGAAGCCGCUUGUUUAGCAGCAGGACCUGGUAUCCGGUGUGUGUGGGACACAGGGUCAUCUCAGUGUAUCUCGUGGGCGCUGGCAACUGAUGAACAAGAAGAAAAGUUAAAAUCAGAAUGUUUUUCCAAAAGAACUCUUGACCAUGACAGAUGUGACCAGCACACGGAUUGUUACAGCUGCACAGCCAACACCAAUGACUGCCACUGGUGCAAUGACCAUUGUGUCCCCAGGAACCACAGCUGCACGGAAGGCCAGAUCUCCAUUUUUAGGUAUGAGAAUUGCCCCAAGGAUAACCCCAUGUACUACUGUAACAAGAAGACCAGCUGCAGGAGCUGUGCCCUGGACCAGAAUUGCCAGUGGGAGCCCCGGAAUCAGGAGUGCAUUGCCCUGCCCGAAAAUAUCUGUGGCAUUGGCUGGCAUUUGGUUGGAAACUCAUGUUUGAAAAUUACUACUGCCAAGGAGAAUUAUGACAAUGCUAAAUUGUUCUGUAGGAACCACAAUGCCGUUUUGGCUUCUCUUACAACCCAGAAGAAGGUAGAAUUUGUCCUUAAGCAGCUGCGAAUAAUGCAGUCAUCUCAGAGCAUGUCCAAGCUCACUUUAACCCCAUGGGUCGGCCUUCGGAAGAUCAAUGUGUCCUACUGGUGCUGGGAAGAUAUGUCCCCAUUUACAAAUAGUUUACUACAGUGGAUGCCAUCUGAGCCCAGUGAUGCUGGAUUCUGUGGAAUUUUAUCAGAACCCAGUACUCGGGGACUGAAGGCUGCAACCUGCAUCAACCCACUCAAUGGUAGCGUCUGUGAAAGGCCUGCAAACCACAGUGCCAAGCAGUGCCGGACACCAUGUGCCUUGAGGACAGCAUGUGGAGAGUGCACCAGUGGCAGCUCUGAGUGCAUGUGGUGCAGCAACAUGAAGCAGUGUGUGGACUCCAAUGCCUACGUGGCCUCUUUCCCUUUUGGCCAGUGUAUGGAGUGGUAUACAAUGAGCACCUGUCCCCCUGAAAAUUGUUCAGGCUACUGUACCUGUAGUCAUUGCUUGGAGCAACCAGGCUGUGGCUGGUGUACUGAUCCCAGCAAUACUGGCAAAGGGAAAUGCAUAGAGGGUUCCUAUAAAGGACCAGUGAAGAUGCCUUCGCAGGCCCCUACAGGAAAUUUCUAUCCACAGCCCCUGCUCAAUUCCAGCAUGUGUCUGGAGGACAGCAGAUACAACUGGUCUUUCAUUCACUGUCCAGCUUGCCAAUGCAAUGGCCACAGUAAAUGCAUCAAUCAGAGCAUCUGUGAGAAAUGUGAGAACCUGACCACAGGCAAGCACUGCGAGACCUGCAUAUCUGGCUUCUAUGGUGAUCCCACCAACGGAGGGAAAUGUCAGCCAUGCAAGUGCAAUGGGCACGCGUCGCUGUGCAACACCAACACGGGCAAGUGCUUCUGCACCACCAAGGGCGUCAAGGGGGACGAGUGCCAGCUAUGUGAGGUAGAAAAUCGAUACCAGGGAAACCCUCUCAAAGGAACAUGUUAUUAUACUCUUCUUAUUGACUAUCAGUUCACUUUUAGUCUAUCCCAGGAAGAUGACCGCUAUUACACAGCUAUCAAUUUUGUGGCUACUCCUGAUGAACAAAAUAGGGAUUUGGACAUGUUCAUCAAUGCCUCCAAGAAUUUCAACCUCAACAUCACCUGGGCUGCCAGCUUCUCAGCUGGAACCCAGGCUGGAGAAGAGAUGCCUGUUGUUUCAAAAACCAACAUUAAGGAGUACAAAGAUAGUUUCUCUAAUGAGAAGUUUGAUUUUCGCAACCACCCAAAUAUCACUUUCUUUGUUUAUGUCAGUAAUUUCACCUGGCCCAUCAAAAUUCAGAUUGCCUUCUCCCAGCACAGCAAUUUUAUGGACCUGGUACAGUUCUUCGUGACUUUCUUCAGUUGUUUCCUCUCUUUGCUCCUGGUGGCUGCUGUGGUUUGGAAGAUCAAACAAAGUUGUUGGGCCUCCAGACGUAGAGAGCAACUUCUUCGAGAGAUGCAACAGAUGGCCAGCCGUCCCUUUGCCUCCGUAAAUGUCGCCUUGGAAACAGAUGAGGAGCCUCCUGAUCUUAUUGGGGGGAGUAUAAAGACUGUUCCCAAACCCAUUGCACUGGAGCCAUGUUUUGGCAACAAAGCCGCUGUCCUCUCUGUGUUUGUGAGGCUCCCUCGAGGCCUGGGUGGCAUCCCGCCUCCUGGGCAGUCAGGUCUUGCUGUGGCCAGCGCCCUGGUGGACAUUUCUCAGCAGAUGCCGAUAGUGUACAAGGAGAAGUCAGGAGCUGUGAGAAACCGGAAGCAGCAGCCCCCUGCACAGCCUGGGACCUGCAUCUGAUGCUGGGACCAGGGACUCUCCCGCGCACGAGCCAGUGAGUGGCACACCAGAGCUGUCUGCAGGGAAGGACGCGGCGGGGAAACGGCUGUGCGGUGCGGGGCAGAAGACUGGAAACCCUCAAAGCAUCUGACUCACCUGCAUGACCACAAGCUUUCUUUGACGGUUUCUCCCAUCCGUGUUCCAGCAUCUAACCUUUUACUUUUGCAUAGGAAAUACUUGAUUUAAUUACAGGUCCAGGAAUGAGCUGAUGGUUGCUGGAGGAGGCCGGUGUAGAGCCAGUGAGAGAACUAGGAAUGACACUCAGGUUCACUGUGGAAAACUGUUCUUGGGACUGUCUCAACUGCAAAAAACAAAAGAUGGAGUGUUUACAAGUAGAUGUUCGUCAUCAGUUGUUCUUGAACUUGGUCUUUUAAAAACUAGUCAGAUGAAUUAACUUGUUUUCAUCUGAAGCCUGCUAUCUUUUUUAAAAGAUGUGCUGUUUAUUCUUGCACGAUUUAGGCAAUUCUCUCUCUUCCAGGGAGUACCUUUUUUUCUAGUUGAGAAUUAAUAAUGGUCCAUCUCUUUUGAUCAUAUCAAGCUAGGGUAGAAGGGGGGCUAUUUUCAAUGUCAAGGUCAGCAGCAUUACUUCAAAUGUAAACUGGUAUAACAGGUAGUUUUCUAUAGCAACUUGAUUAAUUUAGUCUUAA